CCGAACUUGUCCGGGGCGGGGCGGGGCGGUGACGUCACGGGCGGGCGGUGACGUCACGCGUGGGCGUGGCCGAGGCUCGAGCCGGUGCCGGCGGUGCCGAACGCGCCCGUCCCGAGCGGUUCAUGCGGCUGCCAGCCCCCCGGGAGCGAUGGCCAGACCGCUGCGGGAAGGGACCCUCGGGGAGCCCCCAGCCCCCCUCCCCUCGCACCCCGCCUGCGGGGGGGGCGGGGGGGGGGCCCCAACCACGCACGACCCCCCCCCCAGCAGGGGAGACCCCCGGGACCCCUCCCCAACGCGCCUGAGCUGCGGAGGACGCGGGGACCCCCCCGGGACCCCCCCGGAGUUUGGGUUCUAUGGGUGGGGGGCACACGGUGAUUUCGGCCCCUCGGAGCCCCCCCAAAUUGAGGGGGGGGCUGUUCCCAACGGGCACCUGCCCGGAGCCCCCCCCCCCGGAGCCCCCCCCAGCCCCGAGCAGAUUUUGGGGGCGCGCCUGAGGCUCCUGGGGGACGCCUUCCAGCACAGCUACGAGCGCCAGCGCCGCGGCCGGGGGCUCUUCUGGGGGCCGCUCUUCCGCUGGGUGGCGCCCUGGCUCGGGGCCGCGCCCGCAGCGCCCCUGGCGGCCAGAGGGGGGAACUGACCCCGAGAACACCUGGAGAACACCUGGAGAACACCUGGAGAAACCCGGGAACACCUGGAGAACAUCUGGAGAAACCCGGGAACACCUGGAGAACACCUGGAGAACACCUGGAGAAACCCACGUGACGCUCACGGCGGGGAAUCCCCCUUCAAAGGAGCACAAAGCACAAACCCCCCCCCGCAUUGGAGUUGGUAGCGCCCACCUCCCCCUUUGGUUUUAUUUAUUUGGGGUAAUUUAUUCAUUUAAAGGGGGGGGGGGUGAAAUUGGGGAGGGGGGUCCCCAAAAUUGGGCGGGGACCCCCAAAAAUGUGGCAGGAAGGGGGAGACCCCCCCCAUAAAAAAAGGGUUUGUACAUGGUGUAAAUUAGGGGGGUGUACAUUGAAAUUUUUGGGGUGUAAAGUGAAAUUUUGGGGUUUUUUUUUAGGGGUGAAAUAGGGGAAACCCCCCCCCCAAAAUGGUGCUGGGGGGGAGGUCAAGACCACCCCCCAAAUUAUUUUAAGGGGGGGGGGGACCCCAAAUCACCCCAGGACCCCCCAAAUUCCCUCCCCCGCAGGGCUGUAAAUGCUGUAAAUGAGCCAUAAAAUGGCGGAUUUGGGGUUUUUUUUGGGGUCGGGGGGCGGAAUUUGGGGAGGGGGCGAUUUUGGGGACCCCCCAAAAAACCCCGAAUCCCCCCCAAAACGGGGCUGUAGAUGCUGUACAUUGUACAUAGGCUGUACAUAGGAACGCUGUACAAUUUCGGGGGGCUGUAAAUUAUUUGGGGUUCCUGUACAAUUUUUUGGGGUUCCUGUACAAUUUUUUGGGGUUCCUGUACAUUUUUUUGGGGUGGUCUGUACAUUUUUGGGGUGGUCUGUACAUUUUUUUGGGGUCUGUACAUUUUUUUGGGGUCUGUACAGGAAUUUUUGGGGUGGGGUAGGGGGGGGGGGUGUCCCCGUUUUUUGUACUUUUGUUUGCAAUAAAAUCGAUUUACCACAGAA